AUGUUUCAAUUGACAGUCUUAGUGAGUUUGUUGAGUGUCGCUUUGGCGUCACCGCAAUGGUACCCAGGAGCACAUGCAGGAUAUCAUGGAGGAGCUCAUGGUUACGCACAUGGUGCUGCUGCACCUUUGGGACCCGACGGUCGGGUAGUUGAUACUCCGGAAGUCGCGGCAACAAAAGCUGCUCAUUUGGCAGCUUUAGCUGAGGCAUCUGCUCGUGCACCCCAAGGACCUGCUGACUACGACCACCAUGACGGAGCUUACCAUGACGCAUGGAACGCACCCAAUCCCGCCUAUGCCCCAGCUCACUUGGGACCACGGUACCAUGGACCACCAGCACCUUUGGGACCAGACGGCCGUGUAGUAGACACACCGGAAGUCCAGGCUGCCAAAGCCCAUCACUUUGCUCUGUUCAACGCAGCAGCUCAAGCCGCCCCAGCAGGUCCAGCUCAUGCUCACGCUCCAGCAUAUCCAGCUCACGCGGACUAUGACUCAGGUGCUUACAAUCCCGCAUGGGAUUCUCCUGCUUGGAAUACUCAUUCUCACUACUAA